UUGCAGCGAAAUAAAAUAUUUGUUACUGUGAAGACGGGAAAACGAACAUUGUGCACGCAAACCGGCAUUGUGCGGCUACAGCUGUGGACACAGCAAACCUAUGAAGAAGAGUCCGGCUAACUUUAGCUAACUAAGCUAGCCGAGUUGACAUCUGAAAGCCUGACCUUCUUCGGUGCAAUGCGGUCUCCGGUGCGCUGGGUGUUGUGGGACGUGAAAGACACCCUGCUGAAGGUGCGUGCAUCUGUGGGUGAGCAGUACUGCAAAGAGGCUCGGCGUGUGGGAUUGCACCUCAGUCCUGUGGAGGUCGAUGCUACUUUCCGGCAGGUGUAUCAACAAUAUUCCAGAGGAUACCCCAACUACGGUGUUGCUCAGGGCCUGAAUGGAGAAGCCUGGUGGAUGAAGGUGGUGCGAGACACUCUUUCCCAAUGCAGGGUAGAGGACCCAGCUCUGCUGAAUACAGUAGCACACAAUCUCUACCACAACUUUUGCAAUGCAGAAAAUUGGGAGGUGUUUCCAGACUCAAAGAAAGCCCUGGAGAGUUGUACUUCUCUCGGAUUGAAACUGGGUGUGGUGUCGAACUUUGAUGCACGUCUUGAAGCAAUUUUACAUGCUUGCGAGCUGCGCUCUUACUUCAGCUUUUUAAUAACAUCAGAAGAAAUUCGUGUAGCGAAACCAAGUCCGGCCAUCUUUGAAAAGGCACUGCAGGCAUGCGGAGUGCCGGCAGGCAGCGUGGCUCAUGUUGGUGACCACUACGUCAAGGAUUACCUCGCCUCUCGGUCCGUGGGAAUCCACGGGUUCCUCAUAGACAGACACAACAAGCAUCGCCAGGCCGACAUCCCUGCAGAGCAUCGCCUUCGCUCACUGGAGGAGCUGGCAUCGCGGCUUCAGGAGCAUCUGGACUAAGGGCACACAGCUGGGAAGGUUGACCUGAGUCACCUCAACAGCAUCCUCACUCAAAACAGAUUAAGUGCUGGUGAUGGGAAUGGAGUCAUCAGUAUUGAAAGUCAUAGAUAAUUAAUAUAUUGCUUUAAUGUGCCAGUUGUACGUACACUGUAUAGGUAUCAUACAAGUCCGUUGUAAUUAAAGUGGGGAUAAUAAAGUUUAAGAAUCAUCCAGUGUCUUGAACAUAAAAUGUGAACUACUCAGAAAUACAGUAUAAACAA